AUGGCUCCCCUUUGCAGCAACCAGACCCCCCUUCGCCUGGCCCGGGAAGCCGCUACGCUUUCUAAGUUACAAGGAGAGCAAUGGGAGGAAAAGAAAGCAUUUGUGCUAAAUGAGGGCAAAAUCGAGAUCAAAACAUUUUCCGAGCAAGUGCGUGUAAACAACACACCCCGUGUUGACACACAGCUUUCGGACGACGGGUCGGUACAGAGGACACUAAUGUUGUGUGUCCCGCCUGUCAGCUCGGCGAUGGGUCAUAAUUCUACGAAGAUCUAG